AUGAAGGGCAAGAAGGCACUUACCUCACACACGGAUGACUUCCUUACAGUGCUGCUGAUUCAACCCGAUGUUGCACCCAGCCCGAACGCAGUCGAUGUUCAGUCAAGCACAAUGUCUGUCCGCGGCCAGAGCGUGCAAAAACUGCCGCCUCGCAGAAAAGGACCGCGAUUUCAGAUGAACGAUGAUUCGACAGCCGACCGAUACGCAAGCGAUGAGGUGUAA